AUGGAUAUAGACGGUGCCAGUUCAGUGGUGCUGCAGGCCUUAACCCAAGCUACCAGUCAGGACACAGCCGUGCUGAAGCCUGCAGAGGAGCAGCUCCGACAGUGGGAGACUCAGCCAGGCUUCUACUCUGUCCUUCUGAAUAUCUUAAAUAAUCAAAUGCGUGUGAACGUCAGGUGGCUGGGCUGUGCUGUUACUUCAAAAAUGGUAAUUGACAGAUACUGGCGGAGAGUAGCGCCUCAUGCUUUAUCAGAAGAGGAGAAGACAUCAUUGCGUGCUGGUCUCAUCACAAACUUCAAUGAGCCUGUCAAUCAGAUAGCGACCCAGAUUGCAGUACUGAUAGCUAAGGUGGCCCGUCUGGACUGCCCCAGGCAAUGGCCAGAGCUCAUCCCAAUUCUGCUCGAGUCCGUGAAGGGUCAGGACGGCCUGCAGCAGCACAGAGCGCUGCUAACCUUCUAUCAUGUCACCAAAACCCUAGCGUCCAAACGUCUGGCGGCGGACAGGAGGCUUUUCCAGGAUCUGGCGUCGGGCAUCUACAGUUUUGCGUGCUCCCUGUGGAGCCAUCACACCGACUGCUUCCUCCAGCAGAUCUAUGCCAGAGAUGAGGCUGCAGCGCUCGGCUCACUGGAGAGGACGCUGCUCUCUCUUAAAGUGCUACGCAAGCUGACAGUUUUUGGAUUUCAAGAGCCACAACAGAAUAUGGAAGUGAUGGGUUUCCUGAAUGCAGUGUUUGAGAGGCUAAAGCAGUUCUUGGAAUGCUGUCGGCAGGUUGGUGCAGACAGCACAUGCAGAGAAAAGCUGGAGAAGAUGAUCAUACUGUACACUAAAACUUUGUUAGAUUUCCUGGAGUACCAUCCAUGUGCAUUUAUACCCCUAAUCCAGCGUUCCCUGGAAUUUGCCGUCAGCUACCUGUUCACACCUGCAGGGGAGGGAGUGACCUUUGAACGCUUCAUUGUUCAGUGCAUGAACCUCAUCAAGAUGAUUGUAAAGAAUGAUGCCUACAAACCUUCAAAGAACAUUGACGACAGUAAACCAGAAAGUCUGGAGGCUCACAAGAUCAAGACUGCAUUCUUCACACACCCCACUCUGACGGAGAUUGGACGCAGACUAGUCUCACACUACUUCCUUCUCACAGAAGAAGAGCUGGCAAUGUGGGAAGAAGACCCUGAGAGCUUUGCUGUUGAAGAAACAGGUGGUGACUCUUGGAAAUACAGUCUACGGCCUUGCGCAGAAGUAUUGUUCCUGGAUAUCUUCCACAACUACAACCAGACGCUGAUACCUGUGCUACUGGAUAUGGUUCAGAAUCUCCAGGGCCCAACCAAUGUGGAAGACACUGCUCAGUUGCUAAUGAAGGAUGCAGUAUACAAUGCAGUGGGACUAGCAGCUUAUGAGCUGUUUGACAACGUGGACUUUGACCAGUGGUUCAAGAAUCAGCUUCUUGGAGAACUGCAAGUCAGCCAUCACAGAUACAAGUUGAUUCGCAGACGAGUCAUCUGGCUAAUAGGACAGUGGAUCUCUGUCAAGUUCAAAUCUGACCUUCGACCUUUACUCUACGAGGUCAUCCUGAGCCUCAUGCAGGAUCCCGACUUGGUGGUGCGGAUUGAGACGGCUACAACCCUGAAGCUCACUGUUGAUGACUUCGAGUUCCGGACAGAGCAAUUCCUCCCAUACCUUGAGUCCAUCUUUGGGCUGCUCUUCCAAUUGUUGCAGCAGGUGACGGAGUGUGACACUAAAAUGCAGGUGCUCCAUGUCAUCUCCUGUGUCGUCGAGAGAGUGAAUAUCCAGAUCCGGCCAUACGUAGGCUGUCUGGUGCAGUACCUGCCCCUGCUCUGGAAGCAAUCUGAAGAACACAACAUGCUUCGCUGUGCCAUCCUCACUACACUCAUCCACCUGGUACAGGGCCUGGGGGCAGAGUGUAAGAACCUGUACCCUUUCCUUCUUCCUGUCAUUCAGCUGAGCACCGAUGUCUCCCAGCCGCCGCAUGUGUAUUUGCUGGAGGAUGGACUGGAGCUUUGGUUGGUGACUUUGGAGAACAGCCCAACCAUCACCCCGGAGCUGCUCAGAAUUUUCCAGAACAUGUCUGCUUUGCUGGAGAUGAGCUCCGAGAACCUGCGCACCUGCUUUCAGAUCGUUAAUGCCUACUUGUAUUUGUCUGCCACAGACUUCCUGCAGAACUAUGCAGAAUCAUUGUGUCGAGCUUUCUGCGAUCUGCUGAAAGACAUCACAAAUGAGGGACAGGUCCAAGUUCUCAAGGUGGUAGAGAUAGCUUUAAAGGUUAGCCCCAUGCUGGGAGCCCACAUGUUCCAGCCGCUGCUGCCAGCUGUCUUCAGAGGCAUCGUGGACGGUGAGAGAUAUCCCGUGGUGAUGUCCACCUACCUAGGAAUCAUGGGCCGCAUCCUCCUCCAGAACUCCAGUUUUUUCUCCUCUCUGCUCACUCAAAUGGCCUCUGAUCGCAGCCAGAAGAUGGACCAGUUGUUGGGCAGUGUGAUAGAGAUGUGGGUUGACCGCAUGGACAACAUCACUCAGCCAGAGAGGAGGAAGCUGUCGUCUCUGGCACUGCUUUCCCUCCUCCCAUCUGACAACAGUGUGAUCCAGGAAAAGUUCUGUGGUAUCAUCAACAUCUCGGUUGAGGCGCUGCAUGAUGUAAUGACAGAAGAUCCUGAAACAGCCACCUUCAAAGACUGCAUGCUGAUGAGCCAUUUUGAAGAGCCCAAGCUGAGUGAUGAUGAGGAGCCGCCAACUGAGCAGGACAAGAGGAAGAAAAUGUUGGCCCUGGAGGACCCGGUGCACAGCGUCUCUCUCCAGCAGUUUGUCUACGAGAAGCUGAAGGCGCAGCAGGCCAUGAUGGGGGACCAGGGCUUCGGGGUCUUGAUGGAGACCGUGGACACAGAGCUCGUCAGGCAGCUCCAGGAGUUCCUCCAAGGCCUCUGAAUCACAUCUACAAUCCUUUACUACCGAUCACAAACAUCUUUGCCUAAUGCUACCCUCUUCCACAUUUUUUGAAAGUGUACCAGAAAGGUUAAUCUGCCGGCGUGUGGACUCCUAAUCCAACCUCUACCCAUGCUAUGCCUUAUCUAUAUUCAGACCUAGCCUUGUCCACUGUCCUCCGCUAACACCCAGCGUCCCUUUCUCUGUUAUCUGGAUUCCUUUACAUCCUCUUUGUCUCAAUAUGGGGUAAAACAUCACCAACAUAAAAACAUCCCCACACUAGCGCUUCCACUCAAUUAUUCUAGUUUAUUCUCUUUCUGUGGUUUUGAAGGUGGACCGGGUAGAAAAUGUGACGGAUGGUAUAAAAGUUGGGUUGGAGGAGAAUACGGGAAAAAAUCACCUGCAGGUGGCAGAGCUGGAGGCUUGGACUAUUUUCUAUGGAGAAACAUACAGAUUGUAGCAGAAAUGUGGAUACACAAUACCUAAAGGACCUAAAGCAGUGUUUACAGAAUCUAUUCUUCAAACAGAGAAAAGAAGAAAUGUAAUUUUGUAUGUAUGUGAAGUAUGGCUGAUAUUCUGCAUGAUGAUAUUUUACAUUUUAGUUUGUUUUUACUUUGUGUUCAUUUCUCUUACGUUUGAAAAAAAAGUCAUACCUAGAGGUCAAGUGGAAGUAACUACUGAGAGAGCUCAAGUGUUUUUCUUUCUUUUUGAGUUGGUUUAGAGAGAAUUUAGUUUUGACUAAAAUGGGUGAUUUUUAAAUGAUUAAUUUAGAGUGCUGAGCCCCAUUUUUAUGUAUAUACAUACUGCUGCUAAUUGAUGGUGUGUCAGAGCACUUUAAUAACCAAAACUGUUUCACCUGUUUUCAUCUUUGUCAUCAAUGGAGCAUCUCGUCGCAUCCUUGUACUUCAACACAGUGGUAAAAAGCCUCGGAGCAGUGCAACAGGAUUGUUCAGAUUAGGCUUUAGUUGCAUAAAGACCCUCAUCUUGAACUGUUGCCAUAUUUCAUUUCUCAAUGCUAACUUGUACAAAAUACUGACUGACUGCAAACAUAUUAGGUUGUGUCUUUACUAUUUAUUUUUGAAAUAAUUUGAUGUAUGACCUAAGUGGUUGUGGUAUGAUUUGACCGAUAAAUUAUGAUUUUUAUUUUUUUUAUUUUUUUUUUGCGGUAGAGAUGAAGCUUUGAUACUUUUGAUUUGACAAAAAAAAUGUUUUUUUCCUGUAGGUUUUCUCAUAAGUUUGACAAACCUAUAUUAUAAAGAAGAAGAAGAAGAAGAAAGAAAAAAAAAAGACUGAAUAUUGGCACCAAAGUUCUUGAAUUAAUACAUUUACACAAGUGGCGCGUGGACAUUCACACAGAAUCUGAAAUGGGUUCAAAAAAUAUAUUGUAACUUGAAAUUUGAGGGGGAAAAUGACUGGGUCACCCUUCAUAAUCUAUUGUUCUGCAAUUUAUGGAUUAAUAUUGUUUUAUUUGCUCUCACUAGGUUGGUAAACCUUCCUGAGAAGGAGAUAAUCCUCCUAGCUUCCUUGACACUGAUAGUUGAGUAGCAGUCAGAAUUACGGGCUUUAUGCUUCUCUAAAGACCUUUCUUACAAUCAAUGUUCAUUUCCCAACUAGUUAAGCAGUAGCUGAUUUCUGUAGUAAUGUUCUGUUGACGACCACAAUUAUGAAGUUAAGAACGUGACACAAAGUACAGGAGAGAGAUGUUUUUGGGUUAACAAUUUGGUUUGGUUUGAUGGGAAAUAAUCCUUGUUGCUUUUUCAAAAGCAUUCAAUAAAAUGCAGUAAUUA